AUGCGGGCAUCUGCCCGGGGCCCGGGACCAGGAAGAAAGGCCCGCACCCUGGAAACAGCUUUAAAGGGGCCCCCGCUUUGCAGGACCAGCACUGCAAAACUCCCUCAAGCAGACCACCCUGGGGACCUGCAGGUGGCGCUGGGGAGGGGCCCUUUGGGGUUCGAGGGCCCUUUUGAAGGGGAACCCCGUGGGGCCCAGGGGCCAAACUUUCUCAGCCCCCCCGUGACCUCCGGGCCGGAAGGUGCUGCAAGGACUGUGGCAAGGGAUGGGCCCCCACGGGGCCAUGUCCUAAGGGAAAAAAUGGUACAGUCGGGAAAAACCCGGGGAAGGGGGCCCCAAAACCCAGGCCGUCCUCGGUUUUCCCCGGGGCCCCCACUUGGGUAG